AUGAACCCUCUCCGCCACGAUUUCAUCCAGUCCUGCCUGCGAAGCGCUAGCUCAGCGUCCCCUAACUCGAACGAUGCCCAAAAUCCAGAAGCCACAAGAAAAUAUAAAUAUUUGGACGUUGGUUGCGGUGGAGGAAUCUUUGCCUCGUCUGCGGCGAGGUUACCAAACACAGUCAGUGUGACGGCGAUCGACCCGACGUCCGAGGUGAUCAAGUAUCUCAACUGUGCAAUUGAGGAGCUCGAUUCACAUAUUGAGGGACAGGGGAAAGAGAGCUUCGACUUUGUGACGGUCUUUGAGGUUGUCGAACACAUUGACAAGCCUGCUGCCUUUCUUCGUCAAGCAUUAGCACAUCUCAAGCCAGGUGGUUGGUUAAUUGGAAGCACCAUCGCGAGACACCCAAUGUCGUACCUCACUACAAAGAUCGUGGCUGAAGCUCCCUGGCCUAUUGGUGUGGUACCGCCAGGAACACACGACUGGAACAAGUAUGUCAAUCCUUCGGAAGUACGCGAAUGGUUUGCGCACGAAAACCAUGAGCUCCACACAAGGAACGUGGAGACUUCAGACAAUGAAGGAAGAAUAGAGGCAGGCGACAAGUAUGGAGUCGUCCGCGUUGAAGGUUGCAUCUAUUUACCGCUGCUCGGCUGGAAAUGGGCUGGUGGUACUGCAGAGUAUGGGAACUUUUUCUUUGGAGUACAGAAAUUACAUUGA